AUGGACGCCCAAGCAUACCUCAUUCGCCACGGCUGGUCCGGCCCCGGUAAUCCCCUGAACCCAAAUCAACGCCCAGGCGCGCAUGGAGGUCUAGGCCUGACGAGACCCAUCCUUGUCGCGCGCAAAGCGAAUAACCACGGCGUGGGCAAGAAAACCACCAAAGACCCCACAAACCAGUGGUGGCUGCGUGGCUUUGAAGACGCGCUCAAGGGAGUCGGCGACGACAGUUACGAGGCUACUUCGGCUAAGACGAACAAUGCGCUGACCAGCGAAUUGUACCGCAAUUUCGUGCGUGGCGAGUGUCUGGCUGGAACGAUUGAUGAGAAGACCAAGGCUGCUUCGGAACAAUCUCUCGUGAAAAUGAAGAGGAAGCGCGAUGUAGAUGACGACGUUGAUCGUCGUGCCAAGAAGGAGGAGAAGGCUGCGAGGAAAGAGGAAAAGAGUAAGCGGAGGAAGAUGAAGGGGGGCGAGGAUGUCGCCUCUUCUGCUUCUAGUGACUCUACAAAGGAGAGCAAGGAGGAGCGUCGGUUGAGACGCAAGGCAAAGAAGGAAAAGAAGGAGAAGAAGAAGUCGAAGCGAUCGGAUGCCGAAGAGUAUUAUCCUACUCCCCCUACUCCCAUGUCGACAGAAUCAGAUCAACAGGAGGAAAUGAUGGAGAUUGACGAGGUGACAUCGUCAAAGAUCCAAAAAGAGAAGAAGGAAAAGAAGGAGAAGAAGGACAAGAAGGAGAAAACACCCAAGAAAGACAAAGAGGGUGCAGACCUCGACUCCAAAAAGAAGUCUAAGAAAGACAAGAAGGCUUGA